GUAUGAAAAUUUGUGCCAAGGGCUUGGCUAGGGCUUGGUGAUCCAUGGAGAAGCAGCUGCGGCUGCUGGCUGCCGCCGCGCUGUGUGGCGCGGCAUUCUUCCUCCUCCUCGUGGAUGCGUCGGUCCACGACUACUCCCACGGCCGGUUUGAAGCGCAGGGUAAUGCUUUUGUCUACUUCGGCGGCAGCGAGGGGCUCUACGCAUCGGCGCCGCGAUCUGCCAAAUCCGGGCUCGCCAAUGGCCGAUCGUACAUCAGGUUUGAUCAAUCGCUUGUGUUCCGGCGCAAGGCAGCCGGCGGGAGUGGGCACUUCAUCCAGGCUCUCGCGUUCGAUGUGGCGGACAGGGACGAUCUGGGCGGAUCGGCCUACGUCGGUCGCCUGGAUCUGUGCUGCAGCGCGGACCUUGCCAGGGAAGUUGGCUGCAAGGAAGGUGAGAUCAUCUACCGGAACUCCACCGACAACCCGAGCUCUCCGCGCGUUGUCCGGGUGGAAUUCGACGAGUCCAGCACCCAGGCUCGGAUGCCGGUCGAGGAGAUUGUCAUCACCAAGACGGGCAUGUAUCUGCUCUACUUCGUGCACUGCGAUCCCGCGCUCGAGGCCGCCGAGGUGACCGGCAAGACGGUGUGGAAGAAUCCGUCGGGUUACUUGCCCGGGAGGAUGACGCCGCUGGUUCCAUUCUACGCCUUGAUGUCGGUGGCGUACCUGGCGCUGGGAUUGGUGUGGCUCGUCCAGUACACGCGGUUCUGGCGAGACAUUCUCCAGCUCCAAAACUGCAUCACGCUCGUCAUCGGCCUGGGCAUGGCCGAGAUGGCAACCUGGUACUUCGACUACGUCAACUUUAACGCCACCGGGAAGCGGCCGGUGGGCAUAACGCUGUGGGCAGUCACCAUUGGCGCUGUCAAGAAGACGCUGUCCCGCAUCCUGGUGCUCAUCGUCUCCAUGGGCUAUGGUGUGGUGCAGCCUACGCUGGGGGGUCUCACGUCCAAGGUGCUGUUCCUGGGUGGAACUUUCUUCGUGGCGUCAGAGUGCUUGGAUGUGGUUGAGCACGUUGGACGGAUCGACGAGAUCUCCUACCGGGUGAAGCUGCUGCUCGUCUUGCCGGUGGCUGUCCUGGAUGCCUUCUUCAUCCUGUGGAUCUUCACAUCGCUGUCAAGGACGCUGGAGAAGCUGCAGGUGAAGAAACAAUCGGCGAAGCUGGACCUGUACCGAAAGUUUACAAACUCUCUGGCCAUUGCGGUGCUUGUGGCUGUAGCUUGGAUAGGAUUCGAGCUGUAUUUCAAGGCCUCGGAUUCGGAUGGGAAGCACUGGUCGAGCGCGUGGAUAAUCUCAGCUUUCUGGAACGUGCUCACGUUUUGCAUCCUGUGCGUCAUCUGUGCGCUUUGGGCUCCUUCACAUAACUCUACGAGGUAUGCCUACUCGGAAGAGAUUAGCGACGACGGCGAUGAAGAGUCCAUUCCUCUCACAGCGUCGAAGAUGACAAUCCCGCCGGAGGCUGUGGGUGCUAACAUCAAACCCGAAAGAAAGGAGAAGAAGAUAGUGAGUAGCGACGUGUUUCGGCUGGACGAAGACAGUGAGCAGCAAGAUAAGCGAGAAUGAAGAAUGUUCAUACUGAAGAAACUUUUUUGUAACGAACGCGUUUAAUUUGUUAUGUUAAAACCUUGGCUUA